GCCGCGCGGACAAAGGAGCGCGGCGGGACACUCUCGGGCUCAACUUUCCCGCCGGCUCCGGGCUGCCGCAACCCGGGAAGUUUCCUGCCUCCGUCCUCCCCCCACCAACCCCCUCCCGGGGGCGGCGGGAGCCGCGUCUCGCCGCGGCCCCUCGGCUGCUCCCGCCCAGACAAAGCGGCGAGAGCGGAGCCGGAGCCGGAGCCGGAGCCAGACGCACCGCGGCCGCCCGCUCGCAGGCAACUUCGUGCUGGAGGCUGCCUCCCGGCGGGCAGCCGCUGCCGCCCGCCGCCGGGCGCUCACCCCGGGGGCGCGGGGCAGGGACGUGCCACCGCUCCGGCAGCUCCUCCUUGCAGCCGCUGUGCUAGCGGGCCGGUGCCACCCCCGGGUCUGGCACAGAGCCGGGCCAGGGGAGAAAGGACGGAGCUGUUCGCUUUCUCCCCGUCCGACCCGUCGCCAGCCUCCUGCAUGCCCGGCGGGGAAGAAAUUUUCCAGGGGCUCCGGGAUGAGACUUCAGCCCCGGCAUCGCCGCUUGUUGCCAGGGGGCUGCUGAAAGGGAGAUGAAUGAACCCCAAUUUGGAGGAUCCAUCGCGCCGGUGAAGGAUGAGCUGAGAAGCCGCCUCAGCCCGGCACAGAUGGCCAGGUGGCUAAAGGACUACCUGAGUUUCGGGAGCAGGAGGUCCCCCCCGCAGCCCCCCAAGCCCGACUACAGCGAGAGCGACAUCCUCAAGGCCUAUCGUGCCCAGAAGAGCCUGGAUUUCGAGGACCCUUAUGAAGACCGCUGCAACACGGAGCCCAAUCCCGGGGGGUCUCCCAACAAGGUGGCCGUGGGGGCCGGCUCCGAGGGGGGGAAGUUCCCCUCUCCCAAGCACAGACUCAUCAAAGUGGAGUCCGCUGACCUGAACAGGAGCAGAGCUCUGCUGGCGACGGCAGAUGAGGAGCUGACGGGCAGGCGGGAGCAGGGCCCCGGAAACAGCGAGUACUCAGACCCCUUUGAUGCCCAGCAGGAGCUGCAUGGGGAUGGGGAGGCCGAGGCGCUGCCCGAGAACAAUGGCUACAUGGAGCCCUAUGAUGCCCAGCGCGUAGUGGCAGACGUCCAGUGCAAGGCCGAGCAGGAUGGGCAGCGGGUGAAGAAGUCCCGGAAGGGGCUGCAGCUGUACGACACCCCCUAUGAGGAGCGAGAGCGAGAUGCCGAGGACAAGGGCCGCGAGAGCCGCCUGCCCCAGGACGACGAGCGGCCAGCAGACGAGUACGACCAGCCCUGGGAGUGGAAGAAGGACCACAUUUCCCGGGCCUUUGCAGUACAAUUUGAGAGCCCCGACUGGGAGCCCAAGGAGCGCCGGCACCCCCCACGGACCCUGGCAGGCAGUGCCAAGCCCAGCCGGUCGCAGAGCCCGGAGCGCAGCCCCCCCAUGGCUGAGCGCGUGGACCCCUCGCUCCCACUGGAGAAGCAGACGUGGUACCACGGCUCCAUCAGCCGGGCGGACGCUGAGAACCUGCUCACGCUCUGCAAGGAAGGCAGCUACCUGGUGCGCAACAGCGAGACCAGCCACCAUGACUACUCCCUGUCCCUCAGGAGCAGCCAGGGCUUCAUGCACAUGAAGUUCACGCGGACACGGGAGAACCGCUUCGUGCUGGGGCAGAACAGCGCACCCUUCGCCAGUGUGCCCGAGCUCGUGCACCACUACACCACGCAGGAGCUGCCCGUCCGGGGUGCUGAGCACCUCUCGCUGCUGUACCCCGUCUCCGUGCAGACGCUGUGACACCAGCACCGGACGCUUGCUGCUCCCUGCAACUACUCGGCCUGUCCAAGGGGCUCCACCCCAGUCCUGCAGCUCCUGGCAAGGGGCCUCCUGCCACCACGCAGCUCUACCCUGGUCACGUCCCUCCCUCCCCAGCCCCCUGCUCCAGCCUGGGAGGGGACCCACUGCUGUGCCCCCUGGGAAGGGAUCUGCUUGAGGUUGCCUGCACCCGGGAGGUCCGGCCUCAAGGUUUGCAGUCACAGCUGCUGUCCCGCUGCCCUUCUUGCUCUGGUUGUUUCCCUGCCCCCCUGCAGCCUGGCCCCAAGUCAAGCUGGCCCCACCAUGUGACAGUCCCCUCUGCAUUGCCUUAGUGAGGCUGCACCCCCCUGCCCUGGGAGAACUUUAUCCCACCAGAGCCCCCUCCUUCGUCCCGCACCAGGUGGGUCCAACCCUGGGGUCCCAGGAGCUCUGGGUGUCCCUCCCAAGCAGGCCCCAUGUCCUGUCCCAUGGUUCUUCCCCCACAUCCCGGGAAGGCUUGGAGCACAAUGACACACAGAGCCUGGGGGACCCUAUAACUGCCCCCACCCCCAGCCAGCCAGCCCCACCCCUGCGUGUGCACAGGUUUGCCUCCCAUCCCCACCCCACCGUGUGUCCUCUAUGCUGGUGCCCUCCCAUCCCCACCCCACCACUGCGCCCAUUAAACACCAGCCGGCCCCACACCCAUCUGUGACUCUGCCUCUGCCCACCUGAGCCUCUGGGGUCCUCGUCUGAGCCCAGCGGCUGGACAUGCCAGCUCCCCCGGACAAGAAGAGCCUGCAUGGGCCCGGAGCCGGCACCGUUGCGCAGGUGAUUCCAGCACCCCAGCCCCUAUCGGCUUAUUUGGGGGGGUCUGAAUUCGGCCCAGCACUGCCAGGCCCCCAGCCCCUGGAUUUGAAUGGACAGCCUUGUGGGGAAGGACAUCGCAGCGGAGAACCAGGAGCUGCAAGAAGGUCCAGGGGGGACACGUGGCAGCGGGGGGCCCUGCAGGUGUGGGGUGCAGG